GUGGCGGAGUUCGAAGUUUUUGCAAACUACUAAAAGGAGAAGGGUGAGCACUAAAGCCUUUGAGCUUCGUAAAAUGGUGGUAUCCAAGAUGUUGCAAGACGCCGAAGUGAUGUUGGUGAAUCAUAAUGUGCAACAUGACAAUGGGACAUCAAGUGAGUUGAAUCUGCAAGUUGCUGUCCAUUAUGGUAUCCCAGCUACUGCGUCAAUUCUUGCUUUUGACCCCAUUCAAGGUCUCUUGGCUAUUGGAACACUGGAUGGUAGGAUAAAAGUGAUUGGUGGUGACAAUAUUGAAGGACUACUCAAAUCUGAAAAGAAAGUGCCUUACAAAUUCUUAGAGUUUCUGGAAAACAAGGGUGCUUUGGUUGGCAUCUCGAAUGAUAAUGAUAUUCAGGUUUGGAAUCUAGAGGGCAGGUGUACAGCUUGUUGUCUACAAUGGCAAUCCAAUAUAACUUCUUUCUCUCUUAUCAGUGGCUCACUCUUCAUGUAUAUUGGAGAUGAAUAUGGGUUGUUAUCUGUAUUAAAGUAUGAAGCUGAAGGUGAAAAACUUUUGCGGUUGCCUUAUCAUAUUUCUGCAAAUUCUAUAAGUGAAGCAGCUGGGUUUUCAUUUCCUAAUUAUCAACCCAUUGUUGGAGUUCUUCCGCAACCUUGUUCUUUUGGAAAUAGAGUACUAAUUGCAUAUGAGAAUGGAUUGCUUAUACUCUGGGAUAUAUUGGAAGCUCAGAUAGUUGUUGUUAAAGGUGAUAAGGAUCUUCAAUUGAAGGAUGGGGUUGUUUUUACAAGUGAAGUGGAUGCUUCUGUUCCAGAUGGUACAGCUGAACAUAAUAUUGAGGAGAAGGAGAUAAGUGCUCUUUGCUGGGCAUCUUCUGAUGGAUCAAUUCUUGCUGUUGGAUAUGUAGAUGGGGAUAUUUUAUUUUGGAACUUAGUACAUGCUGGCUCUUCUAAAGAUCAACAUGCUGGAUUAUCGUGUAAUGUUGUUAAGCUACAACUGUCAUCUGCUGAAAGGAGGCUUCCUGUCAUUGUCUUGCAUUGGUCUAAAAAUAUACAACCCUGUAAUGAUCAUGAUGGCCAGCUUUUUAUCUAUGGCGGUGAUGAAAUAGGAUCUGAAGAGGUUCUAACGGUUUUGAAUCUUGAGUGGUCAUCUGGGUCAGAGAUUUUACGAUGCGUUGGUCGUGUGAACCUCACACUUGCUGGCUCUUUUGCAGACAUGAUACUGUUACAAGGUGUUGGGGCAACAGGGAGUAGUCACAAUGUUGCAUUAUUUCUAUUGACAAACCCUGGGCAACUGCACUUUUAUGAUGAUGCUAGCUUGUCUGCUUUAAUGUCUCAGCAAGAGAGGAAGCCUAUCUCAGCUGUGGAAUUUCCUUUGGUAAUUCCUACUGCUGAUCCAUGCAUGACAGUGACAAAACUUAGUUUGUUACCUGCUGAUGGGAACUCGUCAAAGGCUCUGUCUCAGAUGGUUUCAGUUGUGAAACUUGGCACAAAACCAGAUACGGCUGGGGGUAUGGAGUGGCCCUUGACUGGAGGUGUGUGCACUCGACCAGUUGCUGAAAGUAACAGGAUUGAGAGAGUAUUUUUAGCAGGUUAUCAGGAUGGAUCUGUUUUGAUAUGGGAUGCUACAUUUCCUGUCCUACUACCUAUUUGUGUUUUAAAAGGCAAGGUGCCCGGCAUAGAAGCUGCUAGUUCAAGUGCUCCAGUAUCAAAAUUGGACUUUUGCUGCAUCAGUUUAAGCUUGGCUGUUGGCAAUGAAAGUGGUUUGGUUCUUGUUUAUGGUUUCAAUGGAAGUUUGGAGGAAACAAAUGUUCACUUUGUUACUGAAAAUAAACAUGAAGUUCAUCAUUCGCCUCAAGAAGAAGUAUUUCACUGCAGAGCUGUUUUUCAUCUUCUCAAUUCGCCAGUUCACUCUCUAUCGUUUGCAAAUUCUGGAGCCAAACUAGCUGUGGGAUAUGGAUGUGGUCGUGUUGUUGUGCUUAAUAUGAGUUCAUUUUCAGUUUUAUACUCAAUAGAUUCAGUGUCCGGAUCUAGCUCCCCAGUUCUUUCAAUGACGUGGAAAACAUUUAAAAAUAGUCAUAUCAUUGUAAAAGGCUCUAUGUCCUCGGGAUCAGACAUUUCAGGCAAUCCUGUGGAGGAAUUAAUGUUCAUCUUGACCAAGGAUGCAAAUGUUACCAUCGUUGAUGUUGGUACUGGUAAGAUGAUUAGCUGUUGGUCAUCACGCUUGAAAAGGAAGUCCGCUGCAAUUUCCAUGCAUGUUAUAGAAGGCAGUGCCCCACUAUUUGGACUAUUCAGUGGAAAGCAGCCAGAGCAGUCAUCCAAGGAUAAUGUGGCCAAGAGCGAGCACUCGCAAGAGAAUAAUCAGUUUGGAAUGAAGUCACAUAAGAGCGAACCAUACUCCUCUUCAGAAGCUGGGUAUUUGGGGGAAAUAUUGCUGGAUUCUUUUGUCUUGCUUUGCUUUGAAGAUUCUUUUCACGUUUACCAUACAAAAUCUGCGAUUCAGGGACAAAGCAAACCUGUUCACAAAUUAAAACUUGCAAAGGCGUGCUGUUGGACAAGUACAUUUAAGAAAGAUGAGAAAGACUGGGGGCUGGUAUUGCUCUAUCAGAAUGGGGAUAUUGAAAUUCGAUCUUUGCCACGUUUUGAGUUGGUGAGAGAAAGCUCACUAAUGUCAAUUUUAAGGUGGAAUUUCAAGGCAAACAUGGACAAGACGAUUAGUUCUGAUGAUAAUGGGCAGAUUAUGUUGGUAAAUGGGUGUGAAGUGGCUCUCAUUUCUCUAUUGGCUGGUGGAAAUGAUUCCAGGAUUAUGGAAUCUUUGCCUUGUCUUCAUGAUAAAGUUGUUGCAGCUGCUGCAGAUGCUGCCAUUAGUGUCUCUGUAAACCAGAAGAAAAAACAGGGUGCUCCGGGGAUUCUAGAUGGUAUUGUUAAGGGCAUUAAGGGGAGAAAGGUGAUCCAUACUGCUGAUCUUACCACAACUAGUAAUUCCUGUUUUACACAUUUAGACGGCAUAUUUUCAACUACCCCAUUCUCAGAUCUACCUGAAUCGAGCACAAGUAUUCAGGAAACCACAGACCUUAAUAUAGAUGACAUUGAAAUAGAUGAACCUACAUCCACAGCAUCAACUUCGUGUCUUAGUGUGAAGGAUAACAAGAGAGAAAAAGGAUCUGAAAGAGAGAGAUUAUUUCAAGGUGGCAGUGCUGAGUCUGCUGACACAAAACCCAGACUCAGGACUCCUGAAGAAAUUAUUGCUACAUAUAGAAAGGCUGGGGAUGCCUCUUCAGUGGCAGCACAUGCAAGAGACAAGCUUGCACAGCGGCAAGAAAAACUGGAGAGGAUUAGCAGGCGUACUGAGGAGUUGAAGAGUGGAGCUGAAGACUUUGCGUCACUGGCAAAUGAGCUUGUCAAGACUAUGGAAGGUCGGAAAUGGUGGAAGAUAUGAAGAAAUAUUUGGCGUAGUUUGCCCGAGCUUUGGUUCUUCCAUUUUUUUUUUUUUUCAGUGAUCUGCCUGUUGGAAGUCUGGGUUGAUUCCUUGGACGUACGUGGAUGGUCAGUAAUGAUACUUCUGUGCCUUGACAACGCCUGUAAAGUAAAAGAGGAUCUGUUUCAGGUUGCUUCUGAUAUGGCUUUGAUGCUAGCUUGAGAAUUGGAUGAAACGACUUGGAAUUGGGAAUUGGGGCAGUGGCGGCUGCAAUUUUGACCAUUUGAUUGUGUACAUGGAGUCAUUAAAGCUUGCCGGCGUCAUUGAGGUCAUCAAGAUGUUCAAAUGAUUUAUUCUUUACUCAGUAUCUGUGAAAUAUGAUCUCCCCCCCCCCCCCCCCCCCAGUGCUAAUAUAUGCUGUAUAAUCACUGUUCAAGAAGGUUAGUAACUUGCAAUUAUUGUGUUCAUAAAGAUUUGAGUUUCCAAAUA